CCCUGGUAUUCGGCACGUUGUUUUUAUUGUGGCUGUUGCGUUUGACAUAUAAACAUGCAGCGAAAGGAGCCAAAUCCAUUCCAAAAACUGGGAUUGCGGCCAUGGUUGGCCAAGCAGCUGACCAAGUUGGGCCUCAAGGGAGUAACGCCUAUACAAGAGAAUUGCAUACCAGCGAUAUUGUCUGGCAGGGAUUGCAUAGGCGCCGCGAAAACAGGCUCCGGCAAGACCUUUGCAUUUGCGCUGCCCAUCUUGGAGAAGCUGAGCGAGGAGCCAGUAAGCCAUUUUGCCCUGGUGCUGACACCCACACACGAGCUGGCCUACCAAAUCUCCGAGCAGUUCCUCGUAGCCGGUCAACCCAUGGGCGUGCGCGUUUGCGUUGUCUCUGGCGGCACCGAUCAGAUGAUUGAAAGUCAGAAGCUGAUGCAGCGACCACACAUUGUUGUGGCCAUGCCGGGUCGUCUGGCGGAUCAUCUGACAGGCUGUGACACGUUCUCGUUUGAUAAUCUCAAGUAUCUGGUUGUCGAUGAGGCGGAUCGCAUGCUAAAUGGUGACUUUGACGAGAGUUUGGCCAUAAUAGAACGCUGCCUGCCCAAAACGCGCCAGAAUCUGUUCUUCUCCGCCACCAUGAAGGACUUUAUAAAAGAGUCUAGCAUCUUCCCUAUAGCCAAGGAUUGUCUGGAAUGGUCACAGGAGUCGGACGUGGCCACCGUGGACACACUUGAACAGCGCUAUUUACUCUGUGCUGACUAUGAUCGUGAUAUGGUGCUUAUCGAAGCCUUGCGCAAGUAUCGGGAACAGAAUGAGAAUGCCAAUGUCAUGAUUUUCACCAAUACAAAGAAAUACUGCCAGCUGCUGUCGAUGACGCUGGCCAGCAUGGAAAUCGAGAAUGUUUGCCUGCACGGCUUUAUGCGGCAAAAGGAGCGCGUUGCGGCGCUCAGUCGCUUCAAGUCCAAUCAUAUACGCACCCUGAUUGCCACAGAUGUUGCUGCACGUGGCCUGGAUAUACCCAGCGUGCAGCUGGUAAUUAAUCACAUGCUGCCGCGUACGCCCAAGGAAUAUAUACAUCGUGUGGGACGGACAGCGCGAGCGGGACGCAAAGGCUUGGCCAUAUCAAUAUUUCGAUUUCCACGCGAUCUGGAACUACUGGGCGCCAUUGAAGCAGAGAUAAAUACUAAACUGACAGAGCAUCCCAUAGAUCAGCGCAUGGUGGAGCGCAUAUUCAUGCAAGUGAAUGUAACACGGCGAGAGUCUGAGAUGCAACUGGACAACAAUGACUUUGACGAGCGCGCCCAAAACUACAGGCGUAAGACGUGGAUUAUGGAGGGCAAGGAUCCCGACCAAAUGGAGGCGCUCUAUCGUAAAAAGCAAAAAGACAAAUUGCGCGAAAUACGACGCAAGCGCAAGCAGCAGCAGGCAGAGAUGGGCACCAGCGAGGAGGGCAAGGCGCUUCUUAACGACGAACGCUUCAAGACUGUGGACAGUGCACGCUUUGAGAAGAAAUUCCGAAAACGUCCGGCAAAAGAUGCGACAGAAAAGACGCCGCUCAAAUCGAGUAAAACAAGCUUAACCGCGAAAACGAAACCAAAUGCAAAGCGCAAAGCAAAAGUGACUUGAUGAGCUUUUUA